CCGUCUUCAAAUCCAUUUUCGCAGUCCCGCCUCGACCAGGCCACUGCCAUCUCGGCGACCCCGAUUCACAGCUCAGCGAGACGUGCUCGUUGAUAUUCCGGGGCUGGAAAACGUCCCUGAACCACUUUAGUCAUAUUGGACCUUAGGACGGAUACACUCCUCGCUUUCCGCUUUUUUCGCCUCAGCAUGCCUUCAUUAAUGGAUAUUGUAAUUCCGAGGCUGGACUUUCUCUGGUCCACCAAGUUCUGGGCUGUUUUUCACAUAGUCCUUUGGCUCCAUCGAUACGUGCGACUUAUCGUCCAUUGCAUCAGCCAUUGGUGCUACAAGUCAGUGGUGCCAAACUUGGAGAAGCCGAGAUACACCUCCCAAGACGUCACGGUGAUCAUCCCCACCAUCCAUAACCGCCCAGAGGAGCUGCGGCCCUCGCUCGAGAGCAUUCUGGCCUGCAAGCCGGCGAAACUAGUGCUCGUGACGACAUGGAACAAGCACGAAGCCCUGAGCCAGGUCGCCGAGUCUCUACGGAUGCCGGAUUUUACUUCCUCCGUUGAAAUCGAUGUACUGCACGUGGACAAGGCGAACAAACGUCUGCAGGUGUGUAAGGCGCUCGAAGACGAUCACGUCAAGACUUCCAUUACGGUCAUGGCCGACGACGACGUGGAGUGGCCUUCCACCCUGAUGCCAUGGCUUCUCGCACCAUUUGACGACGAUCAGAUGGGCGGCGUUGGGACCUGCCAGAGGGUAAAGCGCGUCGUCGACGGGGAUAUCAUGACCCGCAUCUUCAACUGGCUCGGUGCCGCUUACAUUGAGCGCCGGAAUUUUGAGAUCUCGGCGACGCACAAUAUCGACGGCGGCACUUCGUGCAUGUCUGGGCGCACGGGUGCCUACCGAACGGAGAUUCUCAAGAGCUAUAGUUUCUUGGGCAACUUCAAGAACGAGAAAUGGGGGAGGUACAUCCUUAACGCCGAUGACGACAACUUUGUCACUCGCUGGCUGGUCGCUCACCAGUGGAAGACCUGGAUUCAGUACCACCGCGAGUGCGAGAUUGAGACAACCCUCGAAAACAGCACCAAAUUUCUCUAUCAGUGCUCUCGCUGGGCACGGAGCAACUGGAGGAGCAACUGGACUAGCCUGGUCCACGAGAAAUACGUCCUGAGUCAGCAGCCGUGGUGCACCUAUGCCCUGCACAUUGCGACUUUCACCUCGCUCGCGUUCCUUGUCGACCCUCUCUUGCUCUUCUCGUGCUGGUGGGGUACGGAGAACUGGGAGCUCAAGAAUCGCUACAUCCUGCUUGGGACGGAGAUCGCAUUCAUGUUCGCCUUUACCAAAGUAGUGAAACUGGUUGGGCUGUUCCGCAGGAACCCGAGUGAUAUUAUGUUCCUGCCGGUGUCCAUCCUGUUCGGCUAUUUUCACGGCUUGAUCAAGCUGUGGGCGCUCUGCACCCUCAAACAGACGUCUUGGGGAAGCCGUGAGGACGGUGACGAGCACAACACUUUCCGUCUGCAGGAGAAGCCUCCUCGCAGCCAGAGCAUGUCAACACCAUUUGGGCCGGACUUGCCGAAAGCAAUGCGGCACUCUCGGUUUUCACAGGCCCGCCGCGCCGCCAUGUCGUCCCAAAAGCGCGACCUCAUUGGCUGCACUGUGACGGCGGAAGUUCCCUUCCCAAAAGCCACCAAAGCUCCAAUGCGCUAAGGCAGCAUCGCAACAACAACCAACCAACGGGCACAUUGGUUUUCGACGG